AAGGAAGAAGGAAAGAUCCGAAAAUAUCACUAGGGAAAGAUAUGGUGUACGCGGCAUGCUUGAGUAAUUAAUUGAAUUACUAUAUUACUAUAUGUAAAAAAAGCAGGGGGAUUUUGGAGUUAAGUUCGGUUCGGUGUUCGAAGAUUGGAAGGCGAGUGGACCGAAGAAACCAUAAACAUCGGAGCGGAGCCAAAACCCUUUUUCUUUUCUUUUCUGUUCUAUUCUCUUCGCUGCUUCUAAGUCCGUCCAUGAAGAAAGAGCAGUGAAACGACACCGCCGUCUAUUCAAGCCAGGAAUUAUGGCUCAGUUGCAACUGAAGGAGCUGGGAUCCAAGCUCGAGACCCUUCCCACCUCCAAAGACGCUCUCGUCAAGCUCUUGAAGCAAGCAACCACAUGCCUUGCAGAGUUGGACCAGUCACCUUCGACAUCAACAUUGGAGUCAAUGAAGCCAUUUUUUAAUGCAAUUGUUAAGCCAGAAUUGCUGAAGCACCAAGAUAGGGAUGUCAAGCUUCUAGUAGCAACUUGUGUUUGUGAGAUAACUCGGAUCACUGCACCUGAAGCUCCCUACAGUGAUGAAAUUCUAAAGGAUAUCUUUCAGUUGAUUGUUGGCACUUUUCGUGGUCUAAGUGAUACCAAUGGUCCAUCCUUUGGCCGGAGAGUUGUUAUAUUGGAGACUCUCGCGAAAUAUAGAUCAUGUGUUGUGAUGUUGGAUCUUGAAUGCAAUGAUCUGGUACAUGAAAUGUUCAGUAUUUUCUUCGUGGUUGCCAGAGAUGAUCAUCCUGAAAGUGUUCUGUCAUCCAUGCAAACUAUAAUGGUGGUUCUCUUAGAAGAGAGUGAGGAUGUCCGUGAUGAUCUUUUAUCUAUUCUACUAUCUAAAUUAGGUCGUGAAAAAAAAGGUGUUAAUAUGGCUGCAAGGAGGCUGGCUAUGAAUGUCAUACAACAAUGUGCAGGAAAACUUGAACCCAUCAUUAAACAAUUUUUACUAUCAUUAAUUUCUGGAGAUAGCAAGCCAGUGAACAGUCAAGUCGAAUACCAUGGAAUUAUCUAUGAUCUGUAUUGCUGUGCUCCUCAGAUCCUGUCUAGAAUUCUCCCUUACGUGACUGGAGAGCUACUGACCGACCAGCUGGAAAUCCGUUUGAAAGCUAUGAACUUGGUUGGUGACAUAAUUUCUCUUCCUGGAUCUUCCAUUCCCGAAGCAUUUCAGUCUAUAUUUUCAGAAUUUUUGAAGAGAUUGACUGAUAGAGUUGUUGACGUUCGCAUGUCGGUCCUUGAGCAUGUAAGGAACUGUCUGCUGUUAAAUCCUUUCAGAGCUGAAGCUCCUCAAAUAAUAUCUGCCCUUUGUGAACGGUUGCUGGAUUUCGAUGAAAAUGUUCGAAAGCAAGUUGUAGCUGUUAUCUGCGAUGUGGCAUGUCAUGCCCUAAAUGCUGUUCCACUUGAAACUGUGAAACUUGUUGCAGAACGGCUUCGUGAUAAAUCUCUACUUGUUAAAAAGUAUACAAUGGAGAGAUUAACUGAAGUGUAUAGAGUUGCUUGUGAGAAGAGCAGUGACAAUGUCAAUCCUAAUGAAUACAACUGGAUUCCUGGGAAGAUCCUUAGAUGUUUUUAUGAUAAAGAUUUCCGAUCUGAUAUAAUUGAAUCUGUUCUCUGUGGGUCCCUGUUUCCUGUAGAAUUUUCAAUCAGUGAUAUUGUUAAACAUUGGAUUGGGAUUUUCUCUGGAUUUGAUAAAGUGGAGGUAAAGGCUCUUGAAAAGAUACUGGAGCAAAAACAAAGGUUACAACAAGAGAUGCAGAAGUAUCUGUCUUUGAGGAAGAUGAGUCAGGAUAAAGAUAUUCCCGAGGUCCAAAAGAAGAUUGUUUUCUGUUUCAAAGUAAUGUCCCGUUCGUUUGCUGACCCCAUAAAAGCUGAAGAGAGUUUCCAGAUUCUGGAUCAAUUAAAAGAUGCUAAUAUCUGGAAGAUUUUGACAAAUCUUGUUGAUCCAAAUACGAGCCUCCAUCAAUCUCGGGCCUACCGGGAUGAAUUGCUUAAAAUACUUGGAGAAAAACAUUGUCUCUAUGAGUUUCUGAAUACCUUCUCUGUGAAGUGCUCUUGUUUGCUUUUUAACAAGGAGCAUGUAAAAACAAUUCUUUUAGAAAUAAUAGCUAAAAAAUCUGCAGAAAAUGCUCAGCGUACACAAUCUUGCAUGAAUAUGUUGGUGAUAAUUGCUCGUUUCAGUCCAUUGCUCCUUCGUGGCAGUGAAGAGGAGCUGGUGAAUUUACUGAAAGAUAAUAAUGAUACAAUUCAGGAAGGUGUUCUGAAUGUUUUAGCAAAGGCUGGUGGUACUAUUCGUGAACAACUUGCCGUCACAUCAAGUUCUGUAGACCUUAUAUUGGAGAGACUAUGUUUAGAAGGCAGUCGGAGGCAGGCAAAGUAUGCUGUCCAUGCACUGGCUGCAAUAACAAAGGAUGAUGGCCUCAAGUCUCUCUCUGUUCUAUACAAGAGACUUGUAGAUAUGCUGGAAGAUAAAACACAUCUGCCUGCAGUACUUCAGUCUCUGGGGUGUAUUGCGCAGACAGCAAUGCCUGUCUAUGAAACCAGAGAGAAUGAAAUUGAAGAAUUUAUACUAAACAAGAUUCUAAAAAGUGAUAGUAAAGAAGAUAACAUGAAAACAUCUUGGGAUGAUAAAAGUGGUCUUUGUAUGUUGAAGAUAUAUGGCAUUAAAACAUUUGUAAAGAGCUACUUGCCAGUCAAAGAUGCUCAUGUUCGUCCAGACAUUGAUAGGCUUCUGGAUAUCCUUAGGAAUAUUUUAUUGUAUGGUGAAAUAUCAAAGGAUUUAAAAUCAAGUUCAGUUGAUAAGGCCCAUUUGAAGCUUGCUUCUGCGAAGGCAGUUCUUCGUUUGUCUAGACUUUGGGAUCACAAGAUACCUGUUGAUCUUUUUCACUUAACUUUAAGGGUGUCUGAGAUUAGUUUUCCUCAAGCUAAGAAGAUUUUCUUGAGUAAAAUUCACCAAUAUAUCAAAGACCGCCUUUUGGAUGCCAAAUACGGGUGUGCUUUCUUAUUCAACAUAUUUGGAUCCAAGCCUGACGAGUUUGCAGAGGGUAAACAGAACCUCUUUGACAUUAUUCAAAUGCACCACCAGUUGAAGGCACGGCAACUUUCUGUGCAAUCAGAUGCAAAUUCCUUGACCACUUACCCUGAAUACAUUCUUCCAUACCUAGUUCAUGCACUUGCUCACAAUUCAUGUCCCAAUGUUGAUUAUUGCAAGGAUGUUGGAGCAUAUGAUGAUAUAUACCGGCAGUUGCACCUAAUAUUGUCAAUGCUACUGCAAAGAGAUGAAGAUGCCAAGUCAGAAGUAACUACUGACAAAGAGAAGGAAGUUAUAUCUACCAUCACUUCUAUCUUUCUGAGGAUCAAGCAUUCUGAAGAUGUGGUUGACACAUCAAAGUCAAAGAAUUCUCAUGCAUUAUGUGAGCUUGGUUUAGCAAUAACCAAACGCUUAGUUCAGAAGGAUGUUGAUUUUCAAGGAUUGUCCCAUUUGGUUUCUCUACCUCCAUUGCUAUACAAAGCAUCUGAGAAGGAAGGAGAUGACACUUUGGUAACUGAAGUUAAAAGCUGGUUGGCUGAUGAAAGUGCCUUGACUCACUUUGAAUCUCUUGAACUAGAAACGGUUCAAUCCCAAUCAGCAGAGGAUGAAGCUUCAAAGGAUGAUGAAAAAGACGGCAAUGAAAUACCUUUGCGAAAGAUGUUAAAGAACAUAAAAUCUCAGGGAACCAGUGGGAAAAAGGUGAAAAGGAAUAAGUCUGUGCCAGCUGAAACAAAAAAGACUGGAAAUGAUUUUGACAUCUUAAAUAUGGUCAGAGAAAUUAAUGUGGAUAACUUGGGGACCCCCACUAAUUUUGAACCAAGUAACGGUCAUGACCAUUCUCUGAUUAAAAAGGAACUGAAGGAUCCAGAAUAUGCAACAGGUAAAAAGAGAAAAGCUAGCAAAACAACACCUGUUCCGGUGCCUAAACGUAGGCGGUCUUCCUCUGCUCAUGGAAAAUUGAGAUUAUCAACUAGUAUAUCAAAGGCAUCUCGAAGAGUUUCAGGAGUAGACUCCCCUCAACCCAAAUUACCGCUUGAUGAAGAAGUUAACCCUGAUGCAGAUAGCAAAACCAUGCAGAGAAAAAUGGUCAAAGGAAGUGAGAAAGAUUUGUUAUUGUCCUCAUUAAAACGAAAAGUUAAGGGUUCUGACAGUUACCAUAAUGAUGAGUUGAACAAACCUGAUGAGCAUGACAUGAUGAGUCCUGAUAGUACACAACAAAGUGAUAAGACUGUAGGAAAAAAUAACAAGUCUUCCACAGGAUCUACUAAAAAGGGGAAAAGAAAAAGUAUUUCAGGAUUGGCUAAGUGCACGACAAAGGAAGGUGAAAUUGAUACCGAAGAUCUAAUUGGCUGCAGAAUUAAAGUUUGGUGGCCUACGGAUAAGAAAUUUUAUGGAGGCACCAUCAAGUCCUAUGACCCUUUGAAAGGGAAGCAUGUGAUAUUAUAUGAUGAUGGAGACGUAGAAAUACUUCGUUUGGAAAAGGAGCGCUGGGAGCUUAUUGACAAGGGCCGUAAAUCUAUCAAGAAGAUAAAACUCUCUUCAUUUGAAGCUUCUGGACAAAAGCAUAAAGGUUCAAGUGGCUCACAAAGUAAAAAGGCAAAAAAAAUAAUCAAUGGUAAACAAUCUCCCAGCAAACCUGUGAAACGUGCAUCAAAAAAUAAUUUUCAUCAAGAGGAUGCCAAAGAGCCUUCAAAGAUAUCAAAUCCUGAAGAGACUACAACCUCUAAAGCGGAUGAAAUGUACUCCGGUGGAUCAGAUGAGGAGUUGACUGGAGGAUUCAAUGAAAUUAUGACAAAGGAGAAGAAAUCUAACAAAAAUACAAAAUCAAUUUCCAGAGGAAAGAGGCUAAACAAAGAGAAAAACUUCCAUUAUACAGAAGAAUCAGAUGAAGAGAAGCAGGAUUGUAGUGGGAGGCUUUCUGAAGAUAGGGAAAGUGUCCCACAAGGUAGUUCUGAAGAGAGAGAAGUGGAUGAAUCAAGUGGAGCUUUGAGGGAAAAUAUUAACGGACAAGAAUUUGAUUCUGAAGGGCAUCAUGAUAACAGCAAAGCUGACCGUAGUCCUAGAGAAAUGGAGAAAUCACAUAUAGAGCCAUCAAAAAGUCCUGAUGAUGAUGACGACGACACAAUUGCUGAGAUUUCUGAUGAUGUGCCUCUGAGCAAAUGGAAACAUAGGACGGGGAAGAAAAGCUCAGGGAAAGAACAAUGAGCAGUUUAGCUAUUGUUAUUUGUCUGUCAAGAAUGCAGCGGAGUUGAUGCUGUGGUACAAGUACAGUUGUUAGCGUGAAUGAUGACUGCCAAAUUGGAGAUCUUUAGUUAUUAACACACUAAUAAAUAUGCUUAGCAUGUCUUGUAGCCACCCUGUAGAGAGUAUAAAAUAACAGCAAUCAUCCCCACGUUUAUAAGGAGAAAAUGCAGACACUUUUGGGUUCUUUAGGACUAUAUUCCUGUUAAAUGACCUUUCAUAAGUUCAGGGGAUAGGUUUAGCAUAUGAUUUAUGUAGAUGUCGUUCAUCCUUUCAACACAAUUGAUAUAAUUGACUCGGGCAAUCAACAAUGUGUACAGCUAUACGUGGGCAUAAUUGCAUUUGUUUCUUUAGGACUUUAGCAUAUUUGUACUUCACCGGAUAAAAUUGAAAAAAGACGACUUUACCA